AUUAAAUAAUAAUAUUUCCUUAACCAAGCCCUUGCUACUUGCGUUCGGGGUUACAGGCCCUGGUAGGCUUUUUAAGUUUGAAGACGAAUCCCUUACUGUUCCUUCCAAGCAAUGGCUUUUUGGGGAACGGAAGUGAAAGCUGGAAAGCCAUUCACCCUUAAACCUGAUGAUGCAAGAGGAAGACUCCAUAUUUCACAGGCAACGUUAGGGAUUGGCACUGGGACGAAGAAGAGUGUGGUUCAGUGCAAUGUGGGGAAAAGAAGUCCUGUUUUUCUUUGCUCUUUGUUUCCUGAACAGUCCGAGUCAUGCCAAUUGAAUCUGGAAUUCGAGGAGGCUGAUGAGGUUGUGUUCUCAGUUAUUGGCCCCAUAAGCGUUCACCUCACUGGUUACUAUCUGGGUGGGAGUAGGCUCUACAAUCCUGAUGAUGCGUCAGAAUCCUAUGGAGAGGAUAUUGCAGAUACAGAGACAGAAAGAUCUACUGAUGGUAGUGAUGAGGGUGAGUAUGAAGAUAGUUUUAUUGAUGAUGCUGAUCCAGAGGUCAUCCCAUCUUCUCCUGUAUCUAUUGAUGGAGUGGGUGAGGAGAUGUUGCAUAAGAGGAAACUUAAGAAUGAGAAGGCUAAAAAUAGACGACUUAGGAAAAAGUACCUGCCCUGUCAGUCUGACGAUGACUACACUUCACAGCAACAUACUUUUGCCAAUGGUGGCACUUCUAUGCCUGCAUUGUACAGUGAAACUGAUGACAGGAUGACAAUUUCUUCCUUCUAUAAAUCUGCUGAAAGGAAUAAAAGUCCGGAAGCAAGUGAAAAGGCUGAGAAAGAAAGAGGUCAGAAAAUUAACGAGAUGAAGGAUGAUGGCAAUUAUGCCACAAUGGCAGAACGAAAAGCAAAUGCUGUUGUAGAUAGUGAGUUGAAAAGGCAGCCUGAUCAACAUGAAUCUAUCCUACCUUCUGCUCAUGUGGGCUCUGAGAAUGGUGUAAAGCCAAAGAAGAAAAGGAAGAAGCAAUCCAAAGAGGAGAAACAGCUUAUAACUGGAAUUGAAGAUGAUUUUUUCUUUGGCACAAUCCUUAAAUGGGAUAAAGCCCAGCAAAAUGAGACAAAAGCUGACAAAUCAAGUCAAGAUAUAGCCGUAACAAAUGAAGAAGACCAGAGGACGAAAAAUGAUAAGGGAGAUAUCAUGUUGCAUUUCUCACCACCUUCCUUUGAAUUGGAUCAUGGAAUUCCUGCGGAAUCUGGGAAAAAGAAGAAAAAACAGGCAAAGGAGGAAAAAGGUCUUGAAGCUGGGAGUCCUUUCCAUGCCAAUGUCAAUGAAGAUGAUAAGGCUAAGGGUGAAAAUAUAGAGCAACACAUCUUGUUGGAAAAUGACGAAAAUCAGAAGAAAGAAAAUGAUGAAGGAAUCUUGCUACCUUCCAUUCAAUUGGUUCAUGGAAUUGCUGCAAAAUCCAGUAAGAAAAAGAACAAACAGGCAAAGGAGGAGAAAGGUCUGCAAGCUGAGAAUCCUUCCUAUGGCAAUGUUAAUAGAGAUGAUAAGACUCAGCCAAAUGAGGCUAAGGGUGAAAACAUAGAACAAGAAGUCUUUUUGAAAAAUGAAGAAAAUCAGAAGAAAGAAAAUGAUGAGGGAAUCUCACCACCUUGCAUUGAAUUGGUUCACGGAAUUGCUGCAAAGUUUAGUAAGAAAAAGAAAAAACAUGCAAAGGAGGAAAAAGGUCUUCAAGCUGAGAUUCCUUUCUAUGGCAUUGUUCAUAGAGAUGAUAAGACUCUGCCAGAUGAGGCUAAGGGUGAAAACAUAGAGCAAGAUGUCUUGUUGAAAAAUGAAGAACAUGAGAAGCAAGAAAAUGAUGAGAGUAAGGCUGUCUUGCGAGGGAAUUCCCAAUUGCCUUCCACUCAGGUGGGCCCUGAAAAUGGUUUAAAGCCAAAGAGAAAAAGAAAAGAUAAAACCCUUGAAGUUGAUAGUGGUAAGGAUACCAAUGUCAUCAAAGAGGAUCAAUCCAGCCAAGAAGAGUUGAAGUCUAAUCACAUUGAAUGCGAUGGGUCUCUGCAAAAUAAGGAAAAUCAGAGGCAAGCCAAUAUUGUUAGUGUGCAGAAUUUGCUGUCUGAUGUGUAUAGGGUGUUUGACAAUAACCAAUCUGCUAAUGAAAAUCACUCUCGGAAGAGAAAGAAGAAGAGAAAGGGUAGAACUCUGGAUGAUGGGGAGGCUUUGAAUAUGGACAAAGCAAAGGACAGAUCUGUCAUGGACAUUGAUGGCAACAAUGGUGAUGAGAAGCAAUCUCAGCUUAGGUCUCCUUUCCAAAUGGAUUAGUCACAAAGGAGUUGGAAACGGGAAAAAAGAUGGCAAAAUAGCUGCACCUGGGAAAAGGUGGAAAAGAUUUCUUAGGGGCCUGGAAUGCUGGUGUUGAUGGUAUGUGAGUUGGUGACAAGAAGACUUGCUUUCCUGCUGCCAGUGGGGUAUGCAACAGAAUACAUUUUGUACUUUCCCUGGUAUUUCUCUCUUGAGCGCUGACGAAAAGUCAAGCACAAAUUUAGCAAAUGAAAAUUGUGCACUGUUGGAUGAGUGGAACCCAUUUUUCUCAGCUUUCUUUAGGCUGCUGUUUGGUUGUCUCUCGUUUGAUGUGUUCUGUCUGACGUGGUAAUAGAAGUGAAUGGUAAAAAUGUAUCACCUGAUUCAUGGUUGGAAUAUGAUUUUGAGUUGCUUAAAGUUCA